AUGGUGGAAAACCUGGCAGCCGAAAGGCAAGAAAAAUGCAAUGUGUCUGAUCAAGAGAUUAUGGCUGAACCAACAGGGAGAUCAGCCAUACUAAAAUUUCCAAGAGAUUGGCAUCUACACUGGAAUAAAUGCUUAUUUUUUUCUCAAAAUUCCAGACCUUGGAAUGAAGGUCGAGCUGAUUGCUCUGUGAAAGAUGACACUUUGCUGCUCAUUCAAGAUAAAAAAGAACUGAGACUGAUUCAGGACGUCUCAAAUAGAAAAGGGCAUCAGUUUUCUAUUGGACUAAGAUAUGUACCAAUGGAGAAGAUCUGGAAGUGGAUAAAUGGAUCUACUUUAAAUCUUGAUCAAUUACAAGUCACUGGCAAGGAAGAAGAAAACAGCUGUGCUCUCAUCUCGGGGACAAAAGUGUUUUCUGACACUUGCUCUGCAGACAACCAUUGGAUCUGCCAAAAGAAGCUGAAACAUGAGUGA